AUGGCCGGCCCGUGGCUGCUCUCGCUGGCGGUGGCGCUCUGCUCCCUCUCGUCCGCCACUGCCGCCGCCGUGUACGACCCGUCCGCGCGCUUUGGCGGCUUCUCCAGCGACCGCUACGUCCGCCAGAGCCGCGCCGACCCCGAGCUGGUGGUGCCUCUGGUCAUAGGACUGCAGCCCGAGGACUUCAAUGUGCUAGAACGCGAGUUCUACAGCGUCUCAGACCCCACACACACGUCGUACGGCCAGUACCUCGCCCCGGAGCAGGCGGACAAGCUCUCCAAGCCUGCUCAUGGUGCGCUCAAUGCCGUGCGCAAUUGGGUCGGCGAUUACGCGCAUGACAACAGCGAGGGGACGUUCUCAACGACUUCGAACUUGUACAAGGUGCCUAUGAAGCGACGGAGGCUGAUGCGUGCGGCGGAUGCAGUGUCUGUUCCAGAACACCUGCAAGAUUUUGUGUCGUUUUUGAGUGUCAACACCCACCCACUCGGUCUGCGAGCGCAAGUUGCUACCUCCUCCGCGACAACUGAGGCGAAUGGCAUUGUGGCGGAUACUUUGGCCUCCAUUCGACAGACGUAUGGCAUCCCGGAUGACCUUGUGGCGACCAACCCCACUAAUGCGCAGUGUGUACCAUCGUUCUACGACGAGGCCUACAAUCUGGACGACUUGCAGACAUUCUACGAGCAGUACUUGCCUGGUGAAAGCCCACCAAAGAUUAUCGAGAAAGGAGAUCGCGUUAAUAGACCCGAACGGGCGAGCGCGGAGGCUUCGUUGGACCUGCAGUACAUCACAGGCGUGGGUCGCAAUGCCACAACGUACAUUUGGACAAUGAACGGCAGUAACCCGUACUCAUCAGAGGAUGAACCGUUCGUCGAGUUCGCCCAAGAUGUACUCGAGCUGGAGAAUCCCCCGUAUGUUGUCUCCAUUAGUUAUUCAGACGACGAAGAGCACAUUUUCGACGUCUCGCCGGGCUACGCACGAACACUCGACACACUUCUUAUCAAGAUGGGUCUUCGUGGAAUUACGGUGCUUAUCGCUGGUGGUGAUGACGGCGUAACUGGACUGCGCCCCGAGUUUGAGAAGAUCCCAGCCGCCGAAAUAUGCAAACAGAGCGGCCCUCAGUGGCCGACUUCAAGCCCGUACAUCACUACUGUUGGCGCCACAAUGCUACUGGCAGACGUUCAGCAAUCUGCUAAGCCGUUCUUCCGGACGAAGGAGGAAGUCAUCUGCAGCGUCGAGAACGGCGGAAUUAUUACUUCUGGCGGUGGAUUCUCCAACAUCUACCCGAUGCCAGAGUACCAACGCAAGGUCGUUGAGAGGUACUUGACCACAAGGAACAUCCCAACAACUCCAGGCUUUUUCAACUCUAGUGGCCGUGCGUACCCCGACGUCGCCGCGCUAGGUGCAGGUUAUCUCGUCAUCAUGAACGGCCGACUCUCGUCUGUAUCGGGUACAUCAGCAUCUACACCGGUAUUCGGCGCCAUGGUAACACUAUGGAACGAUGCGCGAUUGAAUGCUGGCAAGAGCCCGCUGGGUUUCAUUAACCCUUUGCUCUACUACCUCGCCGAAAACCAUGUCGACGCUUUCCACGAUGUUGUCGUUGGUAACAACGGAGCCCCUCGUGGUGGCAAUACCCCGUGCCAAGACUCGUUCACUGCUUCCGGCGGAUGGGAUGCGGUCUCGGGGGUUGGCACGCCCAACUUCCCAGUGCUCGCCGAGUUCAUCGCGAACCUGGAGGACCACUUCAACGUCUCUCACCUGGGUGACUCAGGUAAUUCCGCGGCGGGCAACGUGAGCGCCAAUGUGGUAACCCCGACUGCCGUCGUCAGCGAAAUGAGCACGUUCACGAUGGUGCUGCUGGUUGCGGCUGUGGUGGCGAAUGUCGCCAUCGGAAUUGUGGUGGUUGUCUCGCUGAUUAAGCGGUGGAGGAACCAGUACACCCCUCUUGAAGAUGCUGCUGUUACAUCCACUACACCUACUGCGCCCGUUUCCACUACGACUUCCACGGCCCGCAUCAAGCGAUUGAAUUCAAAUGAUGACAACAGUGGAGACGAAGAGGAAGAGGUAGAGCUGAGCGAAAUCAACCUGCAAGAGUAG